AUGGUUUCAACAAAACACUGGAAAUACCCUGAAAAUGAAGACAUCGUGCUCAAUGCACUCAGAGGCUUAGCUGCCACUAACCCAACGAUCCGUCUUAUACCCUCUGAGAGAGUGGUUUACAGACCAACAGAACAUAAAAACAAAGUCGCCGUCAUUAGCGGUGGUGGAGCUGGUCAUGAGCCGCUUCACUCUGGAUUUGUUGGAGAAAAUCUUUUGGAUGCUGCAGUUUCUGGUUCAAUCUUUGCAUCUCCAUCAACUAAACAGAUCAUGGCUGCCGUCAAGGCUACAGCCAAGAAGGAACAUGGUGCUCUCAUCGUGGUGAAGAAUUACACUGGUGACAUUCUACACUUUGGCUUGGUCGCUGAAAGAGCUAAGCGUGACGGGAUUGAUGUAGAGCUCGUAGUUGUCUCCGAUGAUGUGGCGGUCGGAAGAACCCAAAAUGAAAUGGUUGGCAGAAGAGGAUUGGCCGGAACUGCUCUUGUGCAUAAGAUUGUGGGAGCGGCAUCCAAUACGGGUGCUUCUUUGGCUGAGCUCACCGAAUUGGGCAAGAAAGUCAAUUCUCUGCUUGCUACCAUGAGUGCUUCAUUGGCCAGAACCUCAGUUCCUGGCAGAAAAGCCGAAGAAGACGACCAGGACGAUGAAAACACCGCGGAAUUGGGUCUCGGUAUCCACAACGAACCUGGAGAAAAAAUUGAUAUCCCCGAGAUCAGGAAUCUCGUUCAAACUCUCUACGACAGGAUCCUAGACCCGAAGGAUAAAGAGCGUCAUUACCUCGAGAUCGAAGACGAAGAUGAGUACGUGCUUUUGAUUAACAACAUUGGUGGUACAUCCUCGCUAGAAUUGUACGCAAUUACUCACUUCCUUCUUGAAGGAUGUCCCUUGAAAAAGAAGCCCUCCAGAAUUCUUGUAUCUGACUUUGUCACCUCAUUAAACUCGCCUGGAUUUUCACUUACAAUUAUGAAUCUCAGCAAACUGUCGACAUCUGUCUUUUCCCAAUCGCAAAUUUUGCUGUUCUUGGAUCUCGAGACCGAUGCUCCUGGUUGGAAACCAAAGACGUACGACCAAAAGGCUUGGGAGGAGGUGCGCAAAGAUGAGGGUUCCAGUGAAGAUCAUGCAAAGGUACCACAUUCGUCACUUAAAGUAGAUGGUGAAAAAUUCGCAUCUGCUCUUCAAAAGGCAAUGGACAGUGUUAUUGAGAAGGAACCAUUGAUCACAAAGUAUGAUACAUUAGUUGGAGACGGUGAUUGUGGUGAAACUUUGAAGAAUGGAGCAACUGGAAUUUUAGAGGCAUUGAAAAAUGACUCUGAGUUCCGGAAAAACAUAAAUGAUCCUGUUGCUACUUUGAGUGCGGUCACGGAAAUUGUCGAGGACAAAAUGGGUGGAACCUCUGGUGGGUUGUAUGCAAUUUACUUGACUAGUUUAGUGAAGAAUUUGAGCAACGCCAGUGAAAUCUCUAGCUCGGUCGUUGCUGAGGCAAUCUACGAUGCACUCUAUGAUGGACUUUUUAAAUAUACUAAGGCGCGUGAAGGUGGCCGUACUUUAGUUGAUACUUUGCAACCAUUUGCGAAUACAUUGAAAGAGACAGGAGAUCUUUCCUCGCUGGUUGAAGCUGCCCGGAAAGGCUGCAAAAACACUGCCGAAUUACAUGCCAAGUUCGGACGUGCUUCUUACGUCAGCGAAGAGGAUUUCAAAAAGGAGGGUGGUAUUCCCGACCCCGGCGCAGUGGGACUUCUCGCAUUGAUCGAAGGGUUUACAUCUUUGUACUAG